UCACCUGGCGGCUGGCGUCUCCCACCUGUUCCGACAGUCACUCCCAGCAGUCGAGCCGCUGCGGACGGAGGGAAGCGACUUUGCGCCGGUGCCAUGGACUGAGAGCUGGGAACAGCUUCUGUUUGCUGCUCCAGUAACUUGAAUGUUUCAGUGAUCGACGUGUGACUCAGUAGGAGACUACAGCAGGACUGCAAGUCCAGACCAUCUUCCCUCGUCCUUUUCCGCGUGCGUUGCCGAAGGAUGACGCGUGGUCAGGAGCUCUUGCCAUGGAAUUGCUGAGCAGUGGGGUCAGCGCUGGGAGCUGUGACAGUGUGAUCAGCAUGACCUCGGCCUGUAGUGAAGACAGCAUGGAGCACCUGUCUGCAGAGGAACGGGCCUGUCUGAUGUAUCUGGUGGAAACCAUUGAGGCCUUGGAGGUGCAGGAGGACAGCGGCUUGUCCAAUGAUGAACCCGACCACGGGCUCCAUGACAUUUCUAGUUUCAGGACUGAGUCUGGAAGAAUCUCUGAACCACAGUCCUCUACUGUUUCAGCUGUAAAUGGACACGAUGCCAACUCAUCACUGAACCUUGUGUCUAGACACACACGGCCACUCAGCAAAUCAGACACUAGUUCCAAAACCACUUCAUCAGCAAAAAUAUUGUGUGUUUCCAUGGACAGAGAUGGUAAACCUAAAAUCGUUACAAGUGAUAAGAAUAUCCAAGGUCAGACCACUGAGCCCUCUGGAAUGGAUCUUGCUCUGAUUCCUCCUCCCUCAGACUUCAUGGAUGAACCAGACUCUCCCGCAGAGCCCCAAAAAGUAGAACUUCAUUCAUCUCUGGGUUUAUCCACCAACAAACCAGCAGAAACAACUGACCUGGAGCUGGUACAUCAAAGAGCCUCAAUGAAGAGAACGUCACUGAGCCCAGUGAGUGUUAACAAGCCUCCACUUGAAGUUUCUCUCAGCCCGAGUGAAAAGCCUGUCACCUUUGGGGCCCAGAUGGACCUGCCUCCUGAUGCUGCUGAGCCCAGAAGUCCACCCGUUGUGGCCCCUAAGCCCAAGAAGCUUCCUGCCAGCAUUGUCCUGAAGUCACAGAAGGUAUCAGCUCUCUCUGAAGGAAACUCUGGACACCCAGGCCCAACUAGCAGUGACAGGAUGCUGUUGGACCCACAGAGAGUUCGCAUUGAGGCCCUCAGAAAGCUGGGCCUGCUGAAAAGUGAAGAGGCAGAAUCGUGUCCCUCCCCAAGUCCAAACCAAUCCCCUAAAACCAGAAAGUCAUGGUCAGCAUCUGCUCCUGACGUGAACCCAGUCACUCCCCCCUUAACAUCGUCUAGUGUUCCUGUCAGCCCAGCUCCAGCUGUUCCUUCACAGUCUCCUGCUGUCGUGCCUCCAUCAGCUCAAUCUUCAGCGCCACCAGUUCAGCUUCCACCUGAAAUUCUUCCAGCACCUGCUGCUUUCAGUGACACCAAGCCUCCGGUGUACGAUAAAAGUCCUUCUCCUGUUGAUGCUCCAGUGAAUAUGUCUCCUUCUACACCUCCUGCUCUGGCCAAACACUUAACUCCACCCAGGAUCACAGGGGUCAAAUCAGCCACCCUGGAGCACUCAGGCCUGGGUCUGAGCAGCUACAUGUCUGAUUCCACUGAGUUCAGUCAGGAAGUCGGUGAGGAGGAGCCCCCUCAGCCAGGUAACAGUCGUCCACGCCCAGCUUCUCUGAGUAGUAGAAGAGAGGGGGAGGGUCUGGAGAGGCGUCGAGGCAGCAGCAAGGAGCCUGGCUCACAGCGGCUCCUGUCUGGCCACGCCACCUUCCAGCCCACCGGAGAAGCUCAGAAGCUUCCUCGAUCGCAGGGCAUCAGUGUGUUGAUCUGCCCCCGUGCAGAACAUGGAGAGGAUCAUCGAAACGCACUAAAGAAGCUGGGGCUGCUCAGAGACUAACUGCCCCCGGCGACCUUCAGCUUUAUGUACAUGAUGGAUAAAGGCCUCGCGGAGCUUUUGGGAAGCUAAUAUUACUGUAGCUGCCACACAUGACUUAAACUGUGAUGUCAGGACUAUGACUGUUGAAGUUUGUUACUGAUAUCACGCCAAUAUAAUAUAAUCAAGCUGUUUUGUGCUUUUGGUUAUUUUGUAAAUUAAACGCUGUUACUUUUA